CUUUUUGCCAGUGCGUUCCGAACCUUUGUCGUGAGAGGGUCUAGCGCUGUGUCAGCUCAGAAUUUUCGUGCUAUAGCGUGUAUCAAUAACUAGCAUAACCAUAGAUCCCUCACUUGUAAUUACCUGAGAAGGUGAAAACAUCUUGAGAUCAUGUUUAAAACAAAACUGAAAUUGUGAAUGGUGAACUGGAUUCUGUAGUAGUACUGUAAAGAAAUCAUAAGUGGUGGAAAAUUGUGAAAAUCCUCUCCUUCCUCCGCAAUUUAUUGAUAAACAUUUCAAAUUAUUAUUCAACUUGCAAUAUUAUACUUCCCCAUUUCAAUGCUACAAGAGCUUCGAGGACCUAGUUCUUCUUCGAGAAAGCAUUAAAAGUGACUGAGUUGCUGUUUCAAGUGAAAAAUAAAACUGUUGUUGAAGGAUCUCGUUGGAGCAUCGUCAACCAUGGGGACCAGAUCGAUCAUUCCGGUGUUGCUGCUGCCAGUGCUGCUCGAAUGCCUCCAUCAUUUUGUAACAGGAAGCCCAGCCGCUCAACUGGGAGGGCCUUCGCAUGAGUACAGUGUGGGACCGACCAACACACCAUCCUUCGCAACUAAAGGCAAAACAUUCCGCAUUGUCACAAAAGACACUGUUGUUCUGCCCUGCGAGGUUGUCAAUGCUGGUGGAUACAUCCUAGCAUGGAAGCGAGGAAUUGCAAUCCUUACAGCAGGAACCAUCAAAGUCACACCUGAUGAUAGAUUUCGCCUGGUUGAUGGAUACAAUUUGGAAAUAAGGGAUGUUCAUCCUCAGGAUGCUGGGGACUAUAUCUGCCAAAUCGCCACUCUCCACCCAAUGGAGAUCACCCACACGCUCGAGAUUCUAGUUCCUCCAAGGAUCCACAGUGUCACAUCACAAGGCAAUGUAGACGUAAAGAAAGGUCAAACUGUAGUUCUGGAGUGUCGAGCAUCUGGAAAUCCUGUACCGAAGAUUACCUGGUCGAGAAAAAAUAAUGUGUUGCCAUCUGGAGAUAAAACUGUGGAAGGAUUUUCCAUCUCGAUCGACCAAGCUACCAGACAUCAGGCUGGGUUGUACGUUUGCACUGCCAGCAACGGAGUCGGCGAGCCAGCUGUCGGAGAAAUAAACGUACAUGUGUUAUAUCCUCCUGAAAUUGAAGUUGAGAAAAGUUGGGUUCAUUCAGGAGAGGGUUAUGAGGCGCAACUAGUGUGCAUUGUUCAUGCUGAACCAACAGCAGAGGUUCUAUGGUACAGAGACACGCUACGGCUGGACACCACAGAGAGGCGAAUCAUGGAGGUGCGAGGCAGCCGACACACUCUAGUCAUUGGUCGAGUCCAGGCGUCCGAUUUCGGCAACUACAGCUGCGUCGCUGACAACCAGGUCGGCAAGGCACGCGAGUACCUCGAACUUUCAGGCAAACCAAAUCCAGCGGUAUUCAGGAGCCACCCGAAUGGCAGAUUCAAAGACAGCUACAACCUGACUUGGACAGUGACCAGCUACACACCCAUUGAGGAAUUCAAGCUCUACUUCAGACGUAUGCCGACCCCUGUUGUUCCCGGCCAGGUCUCCCAGCCACAAUACCAACUGUCCAAGAGACCAAUCAGACGGCAGAAUGACUCUUGGUCGAUAGGCAGCAACGGACUGCGGGCUCUGGACGAAUGGAACGACGUGAUUCUGCCUGCGGCGCCCAGUGAGCAGUACACCCAGCAGAUGUCUUAUAUGAUCCGCAACCUGGAACCAGCUCUUCACUACGAGGCCCGAGUGCAGGCCAAGAAUAGGUUUGGAUGGAGUCACAUUUCUGACACUUUCCACUUUUCGACCAGAGGAGAAGAAUCUAACUAUUUGGAACCGUCACCAGAGCCAGCAGUCUUUUCAGAUCCUGAGAUGAGGGACAUGGGAGUGAGAGUCAUGGGUCGAGGAGCAGUUCAGUCUUCUGCCUUAGCCUGCCAGUUCCUAACUUUAGCGAGCCUCCUUUUCCUGGCCUUCUUAUAAAUACAGGUAAUUUGAAGUACCAGACAAGCAAGCAUCGCAUCACAUGAAUGGUGCUUGGGAACAAAGACUGCUUUUGAUGUGCUGUACAUAGGAUCCUGGAGGAAUAUAGAAUGUUGCUACUCAGAAUCUGAAAUUUGGGAGAGAGAAAAGGCGAUGACGCAUCCUGUCCAACAGAAGAUUGCUGCCACGUGCCAUGUCCUGUCAACUGUCAUCCACAUCCUCCAUAUAUAUUUUAUUAUCAGAGCAAGGAUUGAGGAUGUGAUCAUUACGUUCCAGUAAAAACAAUGAAAAAAUUGUGUAUAACUGUGCAUAUGUGUAUAAUCUUCAGUGUAUGAAUGUUGUUGAGUCCUUGUAUAAUGUUUUGUAAUUGCUUCAUAAAUGUGUUGAAAAUAUUAUAAGAAUAACAACUAUUGUGACUAUUAUCUAUGAGUGUUAGAUAUGGAUCGAUGUUUAAGGAACCCUUUUUUAUAUAAAAUAUGUAAAUACUAUAAAUAACGAUAUACCUCUCUAUCCAUAAAUGUUUGUACGUGUAUGUUCGAUUGUUGCAGAAUGUUAGCUUAUAAAUAAUGAUAUGUGCGUUUUAACUUAUAAAAUUAUAAUAAUUGUAUUUUAUCAAUACGUAAUUUGACGAGAACUCACAUGACUCUCUCCAUCUAUUUUCAUUUUUCAAACACUACUUGCUUUGUUCAAGCCUGAAUAGAAUCAAAUAGUUUCGAUCAAGGAUGAAUGAAUGGGUUUGAAGCGAAAUAGGUCCAUUUAGUUGAACUAUGAAUAAUUUGCAGAAACCGGUUCAUGACAAAACAAGCUUAUACUCAUUAUCAAUGAGUUAACGUGUAUCAUGUUCCAUAAUAAUUUCAAAGUAGAAAGCUUACAUUUCUUAUCAGCUGAACUCUGGAUGAACUGGAAACAGUAAAUGCAACUGUCAACUGACGAGUUCUCUCCUUAGAACUUCAUUAUUCCAAAUUAUUCAUUAGAACUAUUUAUUGACUUUAUUUCCUGCCUAUUCCACCCAUCAUGCAAUCAUUUUGGUCCAUUCCUUCAUUACCCAUUCUCAUUUCUCGAUACAGAUCAAUAUAAUAUUAUAAUACAUUAUUCAUUUAUCAGUUUAGUUGUAUAAUUUCACAUCAAGAAUAUUUUGAAUAUUUACAUAAAUUGUAACGCCAUUUCAUAACGUUUUAUUAGAUUAAAAUUGGGGCCAAAGCAUCAUUUGCAUUUAUUUAAGACGAUCACCUCAAUAUUGCUUAGAGAAUUGAAUCCUUAAACUAGAUGAUUGUUCUGUAUUAUUAAUAUGAGUGAAUCAAUGAAUCAUAUUUGUACUCAAUUUUAUUAGCCAUUUUGUAAAUAUUUGAAGUUCUCAUGGAAUUCAGAAUUCAUCCUCAACGACAUCUGAGAAGCCUUUUCUAUAAUGUAGUAUUUUUAGUUGAACUCUUUAUUGUCCAAUAUCCUGCCGCCAAAAAUAGAAGUUGAUUCUAUUCAUCCCAACUCAUCUCAUUUUCAUAAAUAAUGUAUCGAUGUUUGUUCUUCAGUACCCUAGUUACCACUUUCCUUGAUUAUAUCUUAUUAUAUUAUUCUCAUUUAUGAAUAUAAUGUCUUGCUUGUAUACUUAUUGAAUGUAUAAGAUUUUAGUGUUAUCACUUAUGCACAUUACAUUAUAAAAUGAGAUUUUAUCAAUGAAUGUCUAUCGAUAAUAUUAUCAAGUAUUAGUUGAUUAGAAUAUUGCUUAUAUAGGUUAGGUUUUUAUAAUGUACAGUACCGGUAUGUAAGCUACUCAUUCUUGAAAAUAUUUUCCCAUCGCCUUCUUUCCAAAUGGAAAUUGUUCAACUUUGAAAAUGAAUUGGCUACUACCCUGGUGAUGGGGUCACUUUGUAUCACUGAAGUUUCCUUCUCUGUCAUACAUUUCCAUCCUAGAUGUAGGCCUACUGCAUAUUGAUCAAGACUAUAACUUGAUUAUGCAUCAUGUAUCUUUCCUGAAUUCUGUUGUUGACAAUUUUAAAAAGAGCUUAAUAGGGUUCUCUAAGAAUUGAGCAUGGUAUUUUCUAAGAAUGCGGUUUGAUCACAGUGUAAGAAGAUGAUUUAAGAAGAUCUCCAAAAUAUGAUAUUCAGGCUCAGGCUAGAAAUUCAAACGAAUUGAAGAAUAAUUAUGUGUUAUUGAUUCUUCAACUAUUUAUCUGGCUUCUAGCCAAUACCAAAACUGUGAUUCAUUUUUAUGGUAGUCAGUUUAGAAUAAGUAACUUGACAUAUUAGUACCCUGAGCUAUAAUGUUAUUUUUAAAGCUUGAUGUUGAAUCUACAGAAGAGAGCUGCUAUAGGCUAUAUAUUCGAAUCUUGUAAGAAUGAGUAAUUGCAGUGUGAUUAUGGAUUUCAGAUAACAUGAACUAUUUGUCGAUGUGAUGUCAAUUCUAGUUUUACUUACUGGCUGGAAAAAAACUAAUUUGUGCUAUAAAAUUCGUAGAUGCUUUGUCAUCCAAAUGAGAUAAUUAUAAAAAAAAUCCAUCCCUCAAAGGAAGUAAAAGCAUUUUGUUCAUAUCUAUAAGAAUAACACACAGAAUGACAAUCAUUCUCAUCUUUUCCUCAUUAUGACUCAAAUGGAAUGAAAUUGAAAUAUAUAAACAUUUUUCUGAAACAAAAACUAAACUUCCUCAGUUUUUUUGGCAAGAAAAACUGUUGUUAUUCGAGUUUUUAUUGUUAACAGAAUGAAUUGACUCACUGACUGACACCUUUAUUGCACGCAGAUCUGAAUAAUGAUGUUAAUCUAGACCUGUUAGUUGGUAGAUUAGAAGAGUAACUUAUCUGUUGCACAAAAUUUUAGCUUGUCACAAUAUUGAUCAGUAUCAGAAGACUAUUUCUGUGUUUCCAUGAACGUCUAUUAUUUUUGUAAAAAAAACAGUGGAUUCGCACCAUGAGGAUUGAUAAGAUAAUAUAUGCUACAGAUGGAUACGUAAACUAAAUGUAUCAAAUAUGGAAAGAAAAUGCAUGAAUUAGGUUUUGUAAGAUGAAUAAAUAAUAUUGAUGAGUGGAAA